AAUAUCUUGUUGCAGAGCCCGAGCCAAUGGCAUAAUACAUUGUUGCCGUCCCCUCGCGCGUAACAGGAAAAGAGCUCAGUGUAGAAGCCGCGUCUCGUCGCUAUGGCGUGCGUAGAUGAUAAAGAAGGCCUCCCGGAGAGGUUGAAGCGACGAGAUCGGGAACGACAAGAAGCCCAGGAGAAGCGGAGGGAAACGCGCGAGCGCCAGGUGGUGUCAGAGGAGAAGGCCGACUACUUCACUGAAACCUUCAACAAGGAGAAGGCGUCUGUGGAGGAGCUGCUAGCUACCUGCGGCCCGGAGCAGUUGGAAGACGCCUCCAGCCGGCUCUCCAAACUGCAGGUGUUUGUCAACGACAGCCUCAGUUUCUUGCCUUCUUACGAGGUGAGGCAGGCACAGGCAGCGUUACAGAGGCUCCAGGCAUCCCUCACGGACAGACGGGAGCAGCUUCUUCCUAAAAAGAAGUUUACUUUCCGCUCCCGUAAGGCCGCACUUGCUGAAGCUGCCGCUGUUGUUCCCGAAUGUAAUAUCGUACCGGCCGCCGAAGGAGCCCCCGCGGUCGUACCGGAGUCGGCCGUGGAGCCGCGGUGUGGCUUUUCAGACGAGGACUGUCAGCAGCUGGUGAAGACGGCAUCGGAGAUAAAUGGCCAGGACGUGCAGUUGACGCGCCUGACGGGCUGCACAGUCAAGCUGUUCGGCGCUCCUAGCACUCUGCACAUCAGGCAGGUGAGGGACUCGCUGGUCCUCUGCGGGCCCGUCAGCAGCUCCGUGUUCAUCGAUGACUGCUCCCACUGCGUCUUUGUAUUCCCUUGCCAGCAGCUGCGCACGCAUAACACCGAGGAGUGCAGCUUCUACCUGCACGUCACCAGCCGGGCCAUCAUCGAGGACUGCCGGAGUAUGCGCUUCGCACCCUUCACUUGGAGCUACCCGGCAAUCGAGGAGCACUUUGAGACGGCCGGCUUAGACAAGUCCAAAAACAACUGGAGCCAAGUGGACGACUUUAACUGGCUAGCCAGGGAUGUGCACUCGCCGAACUGGAGUGUCAUACCGGAGGACGAGCGCCGAAGCGAAUGGGACUCGUGAGAGAUGAGUCGUGGGUUUCAUGCAGCUAGUUAACGGUCGGGCGGCUCCCCCCUUGCUGUCAGUAAUAAAGUCCCUCUGUCAUUGUGGUUGUACUUCUAGUCAAAGGGUGGCACUAAGUGUAUGUUGUUGCU